AUGGUUAUCCUCAGGGUGUCCAUCUUUCUUUGCAUCUUUCUUGCGAGACUCUCACUUUUUGCCCAAGCAGCCGUCACCCUCACCGCCGUCCCAAGCCAAAGCAAGACGACAUCGACAUACACCUACAGCGUCACAGCCAACGCCCUCGCUCUCUCAUCCAUCUCUUAUUCAUACGCAUACACCGUCACGACACCAACUACACUCUGGCAAGCGCCUACCUUUGCAACCCCAACGCCGAUGCCGCCUUGCUCAGAGUCUCUUUGCCCGUCGCAGAACGGACAGGAGUGCGUUGAUGCUGCCGGCAACGUGUAUGGCAUCUUGUGCAACACCUACAUCUCCGGUAUCGUGAUUACCAAUUCGGGACGGAAGUUUCUGAGGCCGAAGAAGGAGAAGCGAGUCUGUGAGUACUUCCACCAUACACCGUAG